AUGACGACUUGUGAUGCGUACGUCAAUUGUGAAAUUCUUUCUCCUUGUGGUUCAAUUCCAUGUAUACAUGGUGUAUGUCGGAAUACAAAUUCAACUUCAUUUCAAUGCACAUGUGAACCUGGUUUUAGUGGUAGUACAUGUGGCACACCAGUUGAUGUUUGUACUUCGAAUCCAUGUUCCAAUGGUGGAAUUUGUCGAAAUUUAGGCAACGGAUUAUUUACGUGUUCCAAUUGUAAUAUUCCACUAUGUGUAACAGGUAGUUGUUUUAAUGCUGGCACUUGCGUUAUUCAAAAUAGUACUCUACUUUGUCAAUGUCCAUGCGGAUUUACUGGAUCUCGGUGCGAAACACCAUUUGAUAUAUGUUCCUCAACAUCAUGUCAAAAUAAUGGUACACGCAUUCUGAACAUUACAGGAUGCCAAUGCAGAUGUUUAUGUUUAUCGGCAUUUACCGGGAAUCUUUGUCAAUCUUCAAUAUUACCAGUUAAUAGAACCUAUCCAGGGCAAAUUAUUAUUCCGAUAAAUCGACCAGGAGGAUCAUCAUGGGAACUUAUUUUACAAUGUAUCGAUCAAGUUUGGAAUAGUUUGAAUGUUCUACUCGUAUGUAAUUCGCCAUUUACUCUUGUGAAUCCAACAUCAUUUUAUCCUUAUUGUUAUCAAAUGAAUCAACAAUCAUCACUUAUUACUCAACUGAAUGCUAUACAAGAUUGCAGCGAUAGAUCCGCACAACUUGUUUGGUUUCAAUCUAUUGAUGAAAUACAACAACAAUUAAUUCCAGCUCUAUUCGCUCUGGGUUUAACUAGAGAUUUUUGGACCAGCGGAAUAUUUAAUUCAAUAUUGAAUCAAUGGCAAUGGUUAUUAGCAAAUAAUAAUACUCGUAUUGCUAUUGAUCCAUCAAUUCUAACAUACUAUGGAAUUAGUUCUGCAGCUGGUCAAUCUCUUCACUAUUCAUUUGCACAAUUAUCUAAUCAACGUUUAGUUUCAAGUUCAUCAUCAGAAACUUAUUCAUCCGUUUGUAAAAUAUCUGCAACCCGCUUAUUACUAAACAAUCAAACACGUGCAAUUGAUUUAACAUCACAACAAUAUGGAUAUCAAAAUCAAACUAAAGUUAUCUUUUAUCAAUUUAAUUAUACGAUUUUUUCAACAAUUCCAUCAAAUAUUCUCAUACAACAGCCAACAGCUGCACAAUACGCAGCUAUGUGCGGUGCUAUUGGUAGUCCAUCGACUCCUGUUGAUCCAUAUAUCAUUGAUAUUUGUGGCUAUUUUCCUACGAUAACUGAUGGAAAUGUUCAAUUGUUAAUGCAAAUUAUUUCUUCAUAUUAUACAUCUCAUCGCAUAACAGCUUUAUCGGCUCAAACUUAUACUGCAAUUCCAUUAAGUGUGGAACAUUUUGUAACAAUAUCUGGCGAUUUAAUGACUCGAAUACGUUUUAUAAUAACUAGUCAGUCGUCGAUUAUUCUCGGAUCAAAUAUUGAACCCUUAGCAUCAAUUAAUGAUAUGCUUAAUACGAACAAUUAUCAAAUUUAUCAACAAUGUGUACCAUAUAUAUCGUUAAAUAUUCUUCUGCCAUUGAAUAUAUGUAUUCCAUUUAAUGAAAUUUCAUUGUGGACAAAUUUAAUUGCAAAUGCAGUUUCAGCAGCCACUGGUCAACCAAGUGUCACUGUAAUGCUGAAAGGCGUUCAACCAGGUGUAACAUCAACAGGACAACCAGCAAAUAUUGCAUAUUUUUUAAUAACCAUUAAUGGUAUGACAUACAAUCAAACAACUGCUAGUAGUCUAGCAUCGAAUCCAAUAUUGAUUUCAACAAUAUCACAAACGAAUAAUAAUUUAUUAUGCUCAAAUGCCACACAAAUACUUCCAUUACAAAAUAGUAUUCAAAAUUUUUAUGUUCCAUGUCCUAUACCACAAAUACUUCAACGUCAAUUAAAUAACGCAUUACAACAAGCUGGGAUUUAUAAUAUUAAUAUGACAAUCUUCGGUGUUGAAGAAGCAGUUGAUAAUCUUGGACAAAUUUAUCGUUUGCCAAAUAUAUACAUUCAACAACAGAAUGGAACAUGGCUUGAUGCGCCAUUGCAAUUAAAUAGUCAAUUGUAUCAGAUCUUAAUAUCUGUUCAAAUGCAACAAUUAGCCACACGCGUUUACUAUUUAUCAGAAGCUUAUUCAUAUUUUUAUUUGAAUCAAUUAACGGCGAACGAUCAAGAUUAUUUACAAAAAUUAAUAUUAACAGUAUACAAUCAACAAAGUUCUAUGACAAGUAAUAGUGUCAAAGUUUUACUUGAAGAUCCGUAUUUAAAUAUAACUUCAUUGAUAAAAAUUCAACGUGUUUAUGCAUUUUUAUUUUAUAAUGAUCAAGAUCUUGACGGAAGAUAUUUAUCAUCUUUAGUUUUAUCUCAAUCGCAAUUUAACAGUGCAUUUUUUAUACAACCACCAUUGACUUACAUAUCAAAUUUAGUACCAAUCAAUGUUGUUAAACAGCGGGAUGUACAACAAAUAACAUUUACCGGAAAAGUUAGUAAAACACUAGCAUUAACAGCAUUGACUGACUAUUGGCAAAAUCCUAUUCGACAAGGAUUAGCUAAUGCAAAUGUUUAUAUUAUACAAGUACAACAAUAUCUUGUCUAUUCAAAGGCUCAAUUCUAUACCACAAUAACAUAUAUGGUGACGACGUCAAAUGGUUAUACAGUACCAAGUGCAUGUUUUAAUCCAAAUUUAAUUCAACCCUUGAAUGGUCUAUGUGGUGCACCGAAUAAUUAUGUUGCACAAGUACCGUUCAGCUAUGCGGCAUCAUUUAUUGAUUUACGAGGAAAUUAUUUACAAGCUGAUCUUGAUCAAGAUAAUUUUCAGACAUUGAUUACAUCUGCAUUACAAAGAACAGGAAUUAGUAGUACAGUUUCAUCAAUAUUAAUCGAACCACGUUUUGGUUUUGAUAUAUCAUUAGUAACAAGAGUCUAUUACAUGGUUGUACCUAAUCAAACAAUAACACAAGAUCAAAUACAAAUUCAAUUAAAAUACAUUUUUUCAUCAAUGCAAACAAUUGAAUAUGAUUUAUAUCCAAGUGCACAAUUAUCUGUUGCACGUAGUGAUGCUCUGCAAUAUAUAGCCAAUGCUUCAUUACCGUUAACAACUUUGAUUCGCCAAGAUAUUGAAAAUUACUUAACGGCAUUUAAUCGACAAUAUGGAAUUGCAAAAAUAGUUUAUGCCGAAUCUAUCAGUGUUGGUCAAACGCGUUUUUAUCUUGUGUUUCUCAACGGUUCACAAAUAUUAACUCGAUGUGAUUUUUCCUUAUAUUAUCCCGGCGUAACAAAUACUGUUAAUGGAACAGGUGGCAUCCACAGUAUAUAUCUUGAACGAAAUGUACUUGUUGCUCAACCCAUGGCACUUGUUGAUGGUCUUGUACAAAUCUGGAUAAAUCAAAAUGUAGGUGUUCCACCAGGAACUCUAUCUAUUCAAUUACAGAAUCAAGUUCAAUAUAUUUGUUCGGGAGGACAAGAGUCAGUCAGAGUUGAUUAUAUUGUUCAAAGUCUAUUGGCAAGUGUUAAUGUGAACAAUCUGAUUCAGCCACCGAAUUCAGCAUUUGAACAACUCUAUGGAAAAUAUGUUAAUACAAGUCAUUGUGUUCCUUAUCUAGUACAUUGGCUAUAUUUAAUUGAACCACGUCCAUCAAAUGAUUUAAUUCAGUCUGCAUUACAAAAUGCGUGGCGUCAAUCCAACAAUAAUUUACUAAUUAAUGUUUCACCCGAGCUUUAUUUCGAUUCUUCGUAUUUUACGGUUAAUAAUCAAACAUUAACACGUUUGACUUAUACAAUUAAUCUAAAUGGUUCCGAUUUAUCUCCAUUAGUCGUUACAGAACCAUUGCUAAAUUCAAUUUCGCUAUCAAAUAUUUACACCGAUAUUCCAUAUAAAAAGUUUUCUAUUUAUAUUGAUGGAACUAAAUUAAAUUUAACAAGUUCAACAACAUUAUCAAUGGUAAAUCAAGCAUUAAGAACAAGUUGGUCAUUAGCUAACGGUAAUCUUUUUCCAGCAAAUCAGGUUUUGAUUCCAUCAAUUAUCUCUACUUUACUAAGUAAUGGACAAACAAAAGUUGAUUAUACAAUUGGUUUGCGUUCAGGUGAUAUUGGUAAUUAUUCACCACCAUCAGAAAGACUAUACACACAAGUAUUCAAUCAAACUGGUUUACAGACAUUAGUUUAUACACGUUACAUACCAGGAUAUUAUAAUUCGAUAGCCAACAAUAAUGAUCAAACAUCUAAUUUACCAUUUUAUUAUCGAAUAAGACAAUUGAGUGGACUUGCAUGGUGGAUUAUUUUAAUUAUAGUAAUUGGAAUAUUAACUCUUUGGUUAAUACUAUCUUUAAUUAUUUAUCUGUGUUGUCGGAAACGCUUAUGCUUAUAUCUAAACCAGUCAAAAAAUUCAUUUGAUCCUGAAACUUUCAAUUCAACAAUACAAGCAAUUGAUAUGUCUAAUCAAGAAGAAAAUAGCCAUUUUCAAUCAUCGGUAACCAUCAAACAAGAAAGUAUGGUUCGACCGGAAUUACGAGUUCGACGUUUAUCACAAGAAGAUUGGCCAUAUUUCAAUACUUAA